CUAUUUUCUUCCUCUCUUCUCACUAUAAGUACAACCACUUCUGAACAGCUCUAGCUUUUCUUUCUUCUUCCUAUUCUUUCGUUUCUCAUUAUCAUUUGUCCACUUCAUCCCGUCUCUCAUUACCGUCUGCCCAGUUCGUCCCCCCUCUUUCGCCGACCGUUUUCCGGCAAAACGCCGGCGAUUUCGUGCACUGCCGGUCGUCAAACUUUCUCACUCCCCCUUCUUCUUCUUCGCUCUCUCAGGUCCGGCUUUCUUGUUCUCUCUCGUUUUUUAGUAUCUUCAGAUCUGGCUCAAUUUUCUCCUCUCUUGCAAAUUCUUAAUUGAAACAUAGUUUGAAAUGGAGGGAUUGGGACUAAGAAAUGUGAGUUCGCAUUGUUCAAUAUCUGAAAUGGACGACUAUAAUCUAUCGCGCCUUCUUGAUAAGCCGAGGCUGAACAUUGAGAGGCAGAGAUCGUUCGAUGAGAGGUCGCUUAGUGAGCUUUCCAUUGGCUUGGCACGUGGUGGCCUUGAUUAUUAUGAGAGCAUGUACUCACCUGGUGGCCGGUCGGGGCUGGACACGCCGAUUUCCUCUGCUAGGAACUCGUUUGAACCCCAUCCCAUGGUGGCCGAGGCCUGGGAGGCUCUUAGAAGGUCCCUUGUUCAUUUCAGGGGUCAGCCUGUCGGUACCAUUGCAGCAUAUGAUCAUGCCUCCGAAGAAGUUUUGAACUAUGAUCAGGUGUUUGUACGAGACUUUGUGCCUAGUGCUCUGGCAUUUUUGAUGAAUGGUGAGCCGGAUAUAGUGAAGAACUUCCUCUUGAAGACCCUGCAACUUCAAGGAUGGGAAAAAAAAAUAGAUCGAUUUAAACUUGGGGAAGGUGCAAUGCCAGCUAGCUUCAAAGUUCUUCAUGAUCCAGUUCGCAAAACAGAUACCAUUGUUGCAGAUUUUGGUGAGAGUGCAAUUGGAAGAGUUGCUCCAGUGGACUCUGGUUUCUGGUGGAUUAUUCUGCUUCGUGCAUAUACAAAGUCAACUGGAGAUUUAUCUUUGGCAGAGACACCAGAGUGUCAAAAGGGUAUGAGGUUGAUAUUGACACUCUGUUUGUCAGAAGGAUUUGAUACAUUCCCAACCCUGCUUUGUGCUGAUGGAUGCUCUAUGAUUGAUAGAAGAAUGGGUAUUUAUGGUUAUCCUAUUGAAAUUCAAGCACUUUUCUUUAUGGCACUAAGAUGUGCUUUGUCACUGUUGAAACAUGAUGCAGAAGGGAAAGAAUGUAUUGAGAGAAUUGUAAAACGUUUGCAUGCCUUGAGUUAUCAUAUGAGAAGUUACUUCUGGCUUGACUUUCAACAGCUAAAUGACAUAUACAGAUAUAAAACAGAGGAAUACUCUCACACGGCAGUAAAUAAAUUUAAUGUUAUACCUGAUUCAAUCCCUGACUGGGUUUUUGACUUUAUGCCAACACGUGGUGGCUACUUCAUCGGCAAUGUGAGUCCUGCAAGGAUGGAUUUCCGAUGGUUUGCUUUGGGUAACUGUGUUGCGAUUCUAUCUUCACUUGCAACUCCCGAACAAUCAAUGGCGAUUAUGGAUCUUAUUGAAGCUCGCUGGGAGGAGCUGGUUGGUGAUAUGCCAUUAAAAAUAACUUAUCCUGCUAUAGAAAGUCACGACUGGCGGAUAGUAACUGGUUGUGACCCCAAGAAUACUAGAUGGAGUUACCAUAAUGGAGGUUCUUGGCCAGUACUUUUGUGGUUGCUAACGGCUGCUUGCAUCAAGACGGGGCGACCACAAAUAGCAAGACGAGCAAUUGAUCUUGCCGAGACCCGUUUGUUAAAAGAUAGCUGGCCAGAAUAUUAUGACGGGAAACUUGGGAGAUAUAUAGGUAAACAAGCAAGGAAGUAUCAGACGUGGUCGAUUGCAGGAUAUUUGGUGGCAAAGAUGAUGUUGGAAGAUCCCUCACAUCUGGGAAUGAUUUCCCUAGAAGAAGACAAACAGAUGAAACCAGUGAUUAAAAGAUCAUUGUCCUGGACUCGGUGAAUUGUGCAAGCAAGCAAGAGCAAAUUUGCAGAAAAAAAGGAAUAAGAAACAAACUCAGAAGAAAAAAGGAAAUUUCUAAAAUUUCUUACAAAAAGUGGUAUUCUUUGGGUCCAUCGACCUUCUAGGUCGGAUUUUGAUAAUUUGGUUUUUCUGUACAAUAGGAUCUGCUAAAGACCAGACCAGAGCCUUUGCUUAUAAAAUAAAAGAUACAUUUUGCUGUUUGCGUUUAAAUUUUGGAAAUCGCAUUAUCUUGUGAAUGCCAUUGUUGUUAAAAAGUAUCAUGAACUUCUAAUGGCGAAAACGAAGCAAAACUUGUUCAUUGUAAAAGACUUUGGAUUGGAUAAAUAUUUUUAUCCAUGGACACUUUUGGAAUU